GACAGCCGUCCGUGUCGGACUCUGAAACGCGAUGCAUCGCAUAGCGAAGAGACGGUUUCGUCUCCUUUCUUCGCUCGCCGCGUCUGCUGAAUGUGGGUUUUAUCGGUUCUUCAUUGAUUGACUGGUAGUAGUGGGGUUUGACCACAGCCAAUGUCGGUCGAGGGGCGAGAGGGCUCUCAGAGAGUUGCCCCGAAGAGGUGCGGUCGUGCUCUCGGCCAGUGAGAACGACAGCAAAAACAUCAACCUGUUAUUCAUCAGACCUAGUGGCAGUACAAUGGAAGAAAAACAGAUGGUCAGGUGGUGUAGCCAAAUGCACUCCAUUGUAGUGUCAGGCCGGAAGGACUUUGCGUUUGGCAAACAAACAGCAUGCAGCCUUGGGAGAAGUCAGGGAUUCUGGGCAGCCACACCCUCAGACUUGGAUCGGUAAGCACAGCCUAACAGGCAGGAAAGCAAAACUACGCCCAGGGUAGAAGGGAUGCCUUUCCUGCCAGUGAUGGCUGGUCUGCAAGACCAGUGCAUUUAAGUUUAGCAAAUGAUCUGGAAACAGCCAUUAGACAUUUUCAGAGAUAUCAUAGUAAUAAGUGUGACCAGGUGAGCGUUAGAUGGCUUUCCUUCAUAGGGUUUUGUUCUGAUUAUUUGUCGGAGUCCCUGAGGGGUAAUCAGUUGACUAUCCAAUGUCCAAACCUAGGUUGCCUUAUAUCUGAUUCCUAGCCACCCAGCACCCCACUCGCCUAGCGUAGAGGUUGGUACAUUGCUGUGAAUUAUCUUUUUGUUUUGCUUCCAAAAGCUGCUAACAAGGAGCACUGAAGGCAGGAGUCCCCCUUUGGUCUAUGAACUCAAGUGGUUUGUUGAUGAGAGAACUCAAAGGAUGUCACUGGGCACACCAUUGAACGCAUUUCGGCUGGCUUUAAUCAUAUUGACGUGACUGCAGUGGACAGUGGUGAUUCAUUCAUACGGAUGUCUGAAUGUCCACAAGUAGCACGAAAUGCCAAAUCCCAGGGGGCCAUUUAAAAAUGUUUUAACGUUCUUGUUGUCCUGGUGAAAGCCCAGUAUAUGCCAAACUGUGUAAAUGCUGUAGAUCAGUGUUUCCCAACCUGGUUCUAGGGAACCCACAGACAGUCCAAGUUUUUGCUCCCUUCCAGCUUCCUGCCAGACUGUCCACGUUUUUGCUUCCUUCAUAUUGGGAAAUAGUGCUACAGAUCAUGCAUAUGUCACUUUGCCCCAUGGACACUUUCAUUCAAUCUGAUAACAUUAAAGCAACGUGUGUGAUGUUUCACAGCACUGAAACGCCAUAAAACGGGUUUGUGACAGCGGCUCGGCGGGGUGCAGCCAUGGAGGAGGCCGCGAGCCAGCUGGAGAGGGACCACGUCCACAGCGUCUACGAAAAGGUUGCGCCCUACUUCAACGACAGCCGUUACAAAGCCUGGCCCAAGGUCCGACAGUUCCUCCUGGAACAGGAACCUGGAAGCAUAAUAGCAGACGUGGGUUGCGGCAAUGGAAGAUACCUCCACAUCAAUGAGGACAUAUUCAAGCUCGGCUGUGAUGUGUGUCGCCCCCUGGUGGAAGCGGCACGCUGCAAGGGACACGAGGUCCAGGUGUGCGAUGGCUUGCGGCUGCCAUUCAGAGAGGGUUGCUUUGAUGCCAUUCUCUCCAUCUCAGUCAUCCACCACUUGUCUACCAAAGAGCGGCGCAUCAGGGCAGUAAAGGAGAUGGCCCGCACACUGCGCGUCGGUGGUCGCCUCAUGAUCUACGUCUGGGCCAUGGAGCAGAAGCGGCGCAGGUUCCAGAAGCAGGAUGUUUUCAUCCCGUGGAACCCAAACCCCCCCGGCCCUACCUCUGCUGGCGAGAUGGGCUCUGAAGCACACCGCCAGGAUGGCAGCGAUAGCGACAAGCACAGGAAGGUGAAAAGCACAUCCUCUGUGGUAGAUGACGAGGACACUGCCGCGGGGGCCCACCAGAGCACCAGGAGACGAUGGUCCUUCUCCAGGUCGCUGGACUCGGUGCUGGACUUUGGGAGCCUGGCCGUAUCCAGGACCUGCAGCAGGGAGUUCAACAAAUCCUGUGCUGAGGUUGGUGUGCUGGAUACAUCGAGAACCAGCCGACGUGCCCGCGGGAUGGGUCUCAUCAGGCAGGUCUCCAGCCUCUUCUCCUCCUCAUCGCGGUACAGCUCCGAGGACGAUGUUUUCGGCUCGACGACAGACCUCGGGAACCAACCAGAGAGGAUCGACAAUGGCACCGACGAUGGUACCAACGCUGGCGUCGGCCCAGAGAAGCCAGUAUCUUCUGGCACCAUCAUGCAUGGCUGUGGGUCCGUGCCCCUGCCGGACCUGAUCACGCAUCAGAAGGAGAGCUCCACAGGGGCCACCAGGACUGAGCAGCCUGUAGGCCCAUUGGAGAGCUCCUCACGGUGGUCAGGCAGCACAGAGCGCCUUGGAGAGGAGAUGAAUGAAUGGCGCAACACCGAAGCUCGGGGCUCCUGCCUGCGCUACUACCACGUAUUCAGAGAGGGGGAGCUUCUUGAGCUCAUCGAGAAGCACGUCGAGGAGCUCCACGUCCUUCAGAGCUAUUUUGAUCAUGCCAACUGGUGUGUGGUGGCCGAGAAGGUUGAGGUCUGGAAGGUCUAACACUAGGCUGCAGUUUCUAUGUAUUUUAAAAAUUUAUUUUCCAAGCCAGUAUUACAUUUUAAAUUUGUUUUUAAAUUUCACUCUAACUACAUGUGUGAAUACACCUCUGUUUUCGGACUAUGUUGUGUUUCAGGAAUCGCUACCUGGAAUCAACAUUUUAAACACUGAGUCACUAAGCUCUCCUUAAUUUUGUUUUCGUAUGGAAACUCACUUGUAAGUCACUGAGCAUUUACCAAAAAUGCAGAAUAAGUUUUAGUAAUUUACAAUCUUGUGCGGGUGUGUGUUUGUGUCGUUUUUUAAAGUUAUUUAUGUGACAAAAUCUUAUGAUUGCCUUGAAACGUUCUGAGUGAUGAAGUGUAGUGUGAUGAAGACAUUUUGAUAUUUAUUCCUUGCACAGCUAUAAAGCUGGAACACGAUUAUUUCUGAGAGUCUACCAAGCUGUGGAUUUAUGACAGAAGUUUGUCACCUAUUUAUUAGAUUAACUGAUACCAUCCACUGUAGUGAUUUUUUUUUCUUCUGCAAUAUAGGCAGACUGCCUCACUGAGAUAAGGGGGGGGGGACCUCAUUCAGAGUGUGCAUUAUGGUUUGUCAUCGACAGUAAUAUAAAUAAUAAUAAUAUACUGUUAGAUGUUUUUGCCAAGGAUCCAAAAUAGGCUGCUAUCAAAAGAACAAAUACUUAUACAAUGCACUUUGUAGUUGUAGAUUUGUGUAUUUGAGAAAUGUGUAGUUUUAGCCUGGUUUUAGAUCUAGCCAAAGAGACUGACUGGAACGUUUGCUGUAGAUCUACAGGCAUGUGUUGAGUAGAACAGCCCCAAACCUUGUGCAGUUUCCCCGAACCUGCGUCGUGUUGCACAUAUGCUCAGUACUGGACCAUGUGAGCAAAACCUUAGCAAUCUGAAUACAAAGCAACUGUUUUUAAAAGUCAUUAAUCAUUUUGUGACCUUUGUCUUAGUGUUGAACUGAACAGCUGGCGAGUCUGUUCCGCUGGUAGAGUUGCUAGAAAAUAUUUGCCACAAAGCACUUCUCUCCUGCCAAGCUGUGUCGUAGGUGUGUCGCUGCUAGAUUCGCUUGCAUGUUGGGUCCAAACACUUGAAUCAUCUGUUUGUUUUUGCAGUCGUGCUGUGAUGUGACCAAUGAAUGUCAUCAUCUUUUUUGCCAGACAAUUUAAAAAGGUCUGACAGGUUUCCCUUGUUCAACAUUUAUUUUAAUAUGUGUAUUUAUUGCCAAAUAAAUGAAUUUUGAUGUUUAAAACAAACCUGUGAUGCUUAUACAUG